AAAUUUCCUGACCCAAUCCCGGAGUUUGCUAAUGCGGAGACGGAGAAGUUUAAGGCUCAUCUCCUCAAGAGACUCUCUAAGAAAGAUAUUUUUGGAGAUUCACUCGGAGAGGUGGUUGAAAUCUGCACUGAGGGAUCAAGUGAAUGCCAACUCUCAGUGAUGUAGCAAAAAAUAAUAUAUUUCCCUAUUACAGAAGAAGACUGGAAGAACAAACAGACGAGACUCAAUGGCGCCAAAGGCAACCAGAAAGAAAGCUCCCUCUACCGAUCCCGAUGGCAUUUUUGCCGGAAUCUUCGCUUUCUUGACUGAUAAGAGAGUACAGCCUCGUCGAUUACAGAUUUGGAAGCAGAAGCUGCUGCAAAUGGGUGCUACCAUUGAGGAGGCUCUAAACAAAAGGGUAACUCACGUGUUUGCAAUGAACUUAGAUGUGCUUCUCGAAGAAGUAGGCAGAGAACGCCUGGCACGCUUCAAAGGAAGUGUUCUACUCUAUCAAUGGCUAGAAGAUUGCUUGAGGUUAGGAGAAAAGGUAUCCGAAGAUCCAUAUCAUCUGGAAGUGGAUGCAGAAGGGGAGAAUAUUGCAGACAAGUCAUUGACUUCUCAUUCAACCAAUAGAAUCAGUUCUAGUGAUGAUGAGCCAUCACCUUCCAAAAAGAUAAGAUCGUCCUCAGAUGAUUCGAAGAAUUUGAAAGGAGAACAAAAUUCUGGAAAUGAUUCUUUACGUGAGGAAUCAAAUUCUAAAGGGGACCAUCGUAGCUCUUUCCAUACUCAAGACCCUGCGAACAAUAGUUUGAAGCCCUAUGAUACUCCAAACAAGAAUUCAUCCUUGCCAUACAGUCCACCAGAUUUAAACAGGAAUAUCACUGAUAUAUUUGGGAAACUUAUAAAUAUUUACAGAGCAUUGGGCGAUGAUCGGAGGUCAUUUAGCUAUCACAAAGCUAUUCCAGUUAUUGAGAAGUUGCCAUUUAAAAUCGAAAGUGUGGACCAGGUCAAACAUCUGCCAUCUAUUGGAAAAUCAAUGCAGGACCAUAUUCGGGAGAUAGUCAUGACUGGGAAGUUGUCCAAGUUAGAGCACUUCGAGGAGGAUGAAAAGGUGCGAACAAUUUCGUUAUUUGGGGAAGUCUGGGGUAUCGGUCCAGCCACAGCUGCAAAAUUAUAUGAGAAAGGGCAUCGUACAUUAGAUGAUCUAAAGAAAGAUGACUCAUUAACAAAUUCACAGAAGAUAGGAUUAAAGUACUUUGAUGAUAUUAAUUCAAGGAUUCCACGCCAUGAGGUUCAAGAAAUGGAAAAACUCCUAGAGAAAGUUGCCGAAGAAAUUUUGCCUGGGGUGGUUAUUGUAUGUGGAGGGUCCUAUAGGCGUGGAAAAGCUUCCUGCGGGGAUAUGGACAUUAUAACAACACAUCCUGAUGGAAAAAGUCAUAAAGGUUUUCUGGCAAAAUUUGUGAAGUGUUUAAAGGAUAUGAAAUUUUUAAGAGAGGAUUUGAUUUUCAGUACCCAUAGUGAGGAGGGUACCAAUUCAGGUGUGGACACAUACUUUGGUCUUUGUACGUAUCCAGGACGGGAGCUACGCCAUCGCAUAGAUUUCAAGGUAUAUCCAAGGGACAUAUAUGCUUUUGGACUCAUAGCAUGGACUGGCAAUGACGUAUUAAAUAGAAGGUUGAGAAUACUGGCAGACUCCAAAGGAUACCGGCUUGAUGACACAGGGUUGUUUCCAGCUACUCAAGGGUCUAGCGGGAAAAAGGGUGCAAGAGGUAGUGCAAGUCUAAGAUUUGAGACGGAGAAGGAGGUGUUUGAUUUCCUGGGAUUUCCUUGGCUUGAGCCACAUGAGAGGAAUUUGUGACAUGCACAUUCUUCAGUCGGACAUGCUGUAUGCACACAUAAAGGAGCAUAGGAGCAUCCAAGAGCCUCAGAGGCAGUUCAUCAGUAUAUAGAGAAAUCUGUUCAUUUUGCUGAAAGUUUUUGUUUUUGUUUUUUUUUCUCUCUCUCUCUCUCUCUACAUGUACAGUACUAGUAGCUAAGUCUUCUGCAGCAUGUAUCUCUUUAAUGCCUGUAAAUAGUACCGUAGUGGAUGAUAAUGGUUCAUCUCUAUUCUCCUGCGAAUACUUGAUUUAUAAAUAUAUAUUCAGUUGUAAUUUUAGCAA